AUGGAAACCAUGGAACUCGACACGCCUCUUUCCUCUUCACACCCUUUGUGGACGCAGCCCACCCAUCGUGAGCUCCAGCAACAGCAACAGCAAGCGGGUCCUGGAGAUCCUCUUGGCCAGCCACUACAGUCGAACGGAGCUCAACCGUCAGCCACGAUUCAUCCAUCGCCAUCUCCACAAGCUGCGCAGCCACGUCCUGUAAUUGUCGCUGGAAGCUCGAUCAAGGAUGGCCGGCCGGAUCCACUCGUCAAUGGCCAACGCAACGGGUAUAGCUACCCUCGUGACCCACGCGAGGUUCAUUUUGAUGCCAUUGAGCGCCUGCAGAUACAGACAGCACAGAACACCAGCGCGUUGGCUGCUCAAGCUCGCAGCCAAACAGAUUAUGCAGAAAUGAUGCGGCAAAUGGAGGGCAGUCUCCGCCAUGAGUUCCAAAGUCAACUACACCGGCAGGAUCAAGAGUUGCGCAGGAUGGAUGAGUCUGUAAAUCGGCUUCUUCAGGAACUACAGGACUGCCGUCGGACUAUUGUAACCCUUGCUCAGGGGGUCAACGCGACAAGGGCAGAAAGUGCACGCCGCCCGAGUGAAAUAGCGCAAAUUGGCUACCAAGAUGAAGCUCUCGAACUAAUGGCUCAACGCAUCGGAGAAGUCUCGCACAGAACGACCGACCUCGAAACCCUAAGAGACCACAUGGCCAUAAUGGGUGGCAGAGUGCAGCGGCUCGAAUCUGAGUCGGCUGCCACACACAUACAUUCGCGCCCGACACUUCCCGCAUAUCAGCCUUCACAUCCCCCUCAUGUUGCUAACGCAGCUCCUCCGCACGCAAAUCACGUCGCCUCGAUUCAGGCGCCUCCUCGGCCGACAUCAAACCCACAGCCGGCCCCGCAUCAUGAAAAGCCUGCCGUAGCAGUGUCAGAGAGCAGUCAAAGGCAUGAGCCUGCGCCAAAUCAGAACGGAUGGACCACGGUCAAUGCGGGGGUGAAACGCGUAUUCGAGAACGAUACGAAUAGCCCGCACCAAAGCGCAGGCUCUGCCCCUGGAUCACCGAAACGGCCAAGACUGGUCACUGGAGAAUCUCCGGAUGUACACUCAAUGCCGCACAUACCCCCCGCACCUUCACAUAUCUUGUCGUCUCAAACGCAGCCCAUCGUGGCCUCACAACCGCAACCGCACUCGGGCCUGCAGUCAGGGCCGCACCCAGGACUGCCAUCAUCGCAGGCCUACGUCUUGUACGGGACUCAAGAUAGCCCAUCGGAUCAGAACUGGCGGCCUGAAUCUAAGCGUGUAACGGAAUCGCGUCCUUCCCGCGGUAGAGGUUCACGAGGUGGUAGAGGGCCAGGCAGCCGGGGUGGUCGUGUGCGCAGGAGCGUGCAGGAACAGCACCGUCCUGUCAGAACACCAGAGUGGGAGAGAGAUGGCUGGACAGCCGUGCCUGACUCGCAAGCCAGUCCAAUUGGCUUCGAAGAUUCUCCUCUCCAUGUAGCUAGAGGCACCGUACGGCGGGGUAGCGGGGGCAGUGGGACACGAGGUGGCUCUUUGUUGAUGGAGCGACAGAACGAUUGGACACCAGAGAUAGGACCACGUAGUGUCUUUCAUGAACCGCACAGCGAGACCAAGAAGACGAGAUCUAAGCCAGUCCGCAACGAGGAAGGAAUACUGGUCCGCAAGGACGGUCGGCCAGACAGGCGUUCACAGUCGUCUGCUGCAAACCUUAGAAAGGUCCAUGCCCGCAAAGAGGAGCAGCAAAGAGAAGGAGAAGCAGGGUCUACGCCAAACGGCCUCCAUCAUUCAAUGUCGAGAGGUCCAGACACGCCGAGCCUAUCACCUCUUAGUCAGCCGGAGCCGGACGUCACGAACAGCGUGCGUAAGAGGCACAACGAUAUUUUGGGUAAAAUCUUCCCGGAUGGCAUCGAUAGCUCUCGGAAGCAGCACGACUAUGCCCAUCAGGUCUUCAACGAGGACCGCGACCACACUGCACAUCCACGUGCGCAUUCCUCCAGGACUACCAAGAAACCGCCUCGCAUAAAGAAAGAGUACGUGGAGCGCAGCGAAGUUGCCGAGACACAAACUCCGACAAACAGCGAUAUUGAUUUGGACGAUGCAGGAAGUCUUGGGAACGGCCACACGCAGAAUAGUGCUCAGGCUCCAGCUGGUGCACCGGCUGGCAGCCCGCAGCGUCCAUAUCAGAACCAGGCAAACCCAGAACAAGAGAGCAGGGUGCAGAUCCCAGAAGCCAAGGCAAUGGGACGAUUGGCCUCGGCUGUAGUUGGAUCCGUAGAGGCAGCGUAG